GAGAAACUCCCCCUUGGUGCCUGGCCUCGCGCCAGGGCCAAACGCGGGCUGAAGCUGGAAGUUCAGGCAGUGGCCGCGUCUGCCUCUGUGCUGAGUGCUUGGGAGGCCGGCAGCUCCGCCGCUGCUGUCCAUCUGUCCAUCUGUCCACAGGGCUGUCAAGCUGGCUGCUGGCUGUUCAUCUUUGAACCCCUCUUUCCACCUGUCUGUAAGCCCAUCUCUGUCCAAAUGUCUGUCUGACCAUCCUGCUUGUCCGGCUGUCUGACAGUCAGUGCAUGUUUGUCUGUCCCUGCCCACCAGUUUUUUCAUUUGUCCAUCUGCACAUCGUGUUGUCCAUUCACCUGCCUGUCCAUCUGUCCCUCUGUCCGCUGGUCCGUCUGCCCACCUGCUUCCCGCGUCCCCCUGGGCCACUGAGCCAUGGCCCGGGGCCACAGGUGCACGGUCAGCCUGGCCCUGCUGGGGCUGGGGCUGACGCUGGUCGUCACUGUGCUGGCUGUGGUCCUCUCUCGCCACCACACGCCCUGCAGCCCUCAAGCCUUUGCCCACGCUGCCGUAGCGGCUGACUCCAAGGUCUGCUCAGACAUCGGACGCGCCAUCCUCCAGCAGCAGGGCUCACCCGUGGAUGCCACCAUCGCAGCCCUGGUGUGCACCGGCGUUGUCAACCCUCAGAGCAUGGGCCUGGGUGGAGGGGUCGUCUUCACCAUCUACAACGCUACAACAGGGAAGGUGGAGGUCAUCAACGCCCGAGAGACUGUGCCAGCCGGCUUCGCCCAGCGCCUGCUGGACCAGUGUGAACGUGCCCUACCUCUGGGCACAGGGGCGCAGUGGAUCGGGGUGCCCGGGGAACUCCGCGGCUACGCCGAGGCCCACCGCCGCCAUGGCCGCCUGCCCUGGGCGCAGCUGUUCCAGCCCACCAUCGCCCUGCUCCGGGGGGACUUCCGCAUGCCCUCCAUCCUCAGCCAGUUCCUCAACAGCAGGUUCCUGCGGCCUCUCCUGUACAACUCGACCCUGAGGCAGCUUUUCUUCAACGGGACCGAACCCCUAAGGCCUCAGGACCCAUUCCCAUGGUCUGUGCUGGCCACCACCCUGGAGACCGUGGCCACAGAGGGCGCGAAGGCCUUCUACACGGGGAGGCUGGGCCAGAUGCUGGUGGAUGACAUUGCCAAAGAAGGGAGCCAGCUGACCCUGAAGGACCUGGCUACCUUCCAGCCUGAGGUGGUGGAUGCCCUGGAGAUGCCCCUAGGAAACUACACUCUGUACUCACCACCACCACCUGCAGGGGGCGCCAUUCUCAGCUUCAUCCUCAAUGUGCUGAGAGGGUUCAACUUGUCAGCAGAGUCAGUGGCCCAGCUUGAAGGGAGAGUGAGCAUGUACCAUCACCUUGUGGAGACACUCAAGUUUGCUGGGGGACAGAGAUGGCGGCUGUGGGACCCUCGCAGCCACCCACAGUUCCAGAACUCCUCCCAGGAACUGCUGGGGGAAGCUCUGGCCCAGCACAUCCGCCAGCAGAUCAAUGACCGCGGGGACCACCAGCGCAGCCACUACAACCUGACAGGGGCCUGGGGCCACAGGAUGGGUACUUCCCACGUGUCUGUGCUGGGAGAGGACGGCAGUGCUGUGUCUGCCACCAGCACCAUCAACACACCCUUUGGAGCGAUGGUGUACUCACCGCGGACAGGCAUCCUCCUCAACAACGAGCUCCUGGACUUGUGCUGGAGCCGCGAGGCAAACUCCAGGCGCAGGCCCCCAUCCGUUCUAGGUGAGCGGCCACCAUCAUCCAUGGUACCUUCCAUCUUGGUCAACAAAGCCCAGGGCUCAAAGCUGGUGAUUGGCGGGGCUGGGGGAGAGCUCAUCAUCUCUGCUGUGGCCCAGGCCAUUGUGAACAAGCUGUGGCUUGGCUUUGAUCUGGCAGCGGCCAUUGCAGCCCCUAUCCUGCACGUCAGCAGCAAGGGUGCAGUGGAAUACGAGGCCGGCUUCAGCCAGGAGGUGCAGAAGGGGCUCCGAGACCGGGGCCAGAAACAGACCCAGCAGCUCUUUUUCCUGAACGUGGUCCAGGCUGUGUCCCAGGAGGGCCCCUGUGUGUACGCCGCAUCUGAUCUGAGGAAGGGUGGGGUGGCUGCAGGCUACUGAAGAGAGAGCUUGGCCCAGAGCCAGGGUUUCAUCCUGCCUUAAGCCCUGAGCCCCAGCUGGACGAUGGGACCAAGUGCUCCAGCUGGAUCUGGACUCCAGGCCGAGACUGAAGGAGGCAGAGUCCAGAGUGACGGAAGACUGGAAGGGCCAAAGCCUCAUCCCUGACCCCUUCCCGCAACCGCCCCUGGCCCUGCUCCAGCUCCUUCCCCUGGCCUCCUGCCCGCCUUCCCAAUCUGUAUCCACCAGUCUAAAAUUAAAGAGGAGCCAACUACA